UGCAAUAUGGUUCCAUUGGUGUCUCAUCAUAAGUGUCUGCUUCCUUGCUACUUCCUACGGUUCUGAAAGCCAAAUCAAAGGUCCCAGUUUCUGCUAAAUAAGGAUGAAACUUCUUACGAAGUUAUUGUCUGUUAAAAACUGAGUCUUUGUCCGUGUUGACUUGGCUUGGUCUUAAUCCAGUGUGUGAUAGUUUCGUCUUAUACUUCAACUUUUGCCUUGUUUGCUUGUUCUCUACCUUCAAAUUUAGUAAUGGCACCGAAAGUUUCCAGCUUGGAAGCAGCCCAGAAAGCCAUAGACUCAAUUGGGCUGGGUUUUGACAUAACACAAGAUAUAGGAUUUGACAACUGUAAGAAGGGUUCAAGGUUGAUAUUUGUGGAUGAGAAACAGUGCCGUCUGCUUGAGAUUCCUGGAGGAGGGAUUUCAAUUCCAAAUGUCCCUAACUCUAUCAAAUGUGUCAGAGGGGAAUCCAUUAGAGUCUACUCAGAAGUGCUACCCUUGCAACAGAUGUUGGAGCACUUCAACCAGGAAAUGUGCCUUGGUGGACGNACUGCAUCGGGUCAUUUCUGUGCUUCAUUUGGGUUAUCCAGUCGAGGUAUAAAGGAUUUGACUUCUAUCAAGUCUCUUGCUUAUGAUGGUUGGUUCAUCAAACGCUAUGCCAUUGAAUUAGAAAAGUAUCAUGGUGAACUCCUUGAUCAUGUCAAAGAAGCAGUGCCAUCGUCGUGGGACCCUGAUGCCUUGGCAAGGUUUAUAGAACGUUUUGGAACUCAUGUCAUAGUUGGGGUGAGCAUGGGAGGGAAGGAUGUUUUAUAUCUUAGACAAGAGGAUACAUCAUAUCUUGGACCUACUAGUAUUCAGAAACUUUUGAAGGAUACAGCUGACACAAAGUUCAAGGAUUCUGCAGACAAUCAUUGCCAGGCUUCUGAAGACUUCAGUAAAGAAAAAGAGAAUCUCGUUAUGAUACAUAGUAGGAGGGGUGGAAGCAAUCAAGAGAUGUAUCAUGAUGAAUGGUUGGGUACUAUUGAUUCAGAGCCUGACGUAAUAUCACUGUUCCUUCUCCCUCUGACAUCCCUUUUGAGAAGCAUCCGUGGAAGUGGAUUUGUGAGCCAUGCCAUAAAUCUUUAUCUCCGUUAUAAACCUCCAAUUGAAGACCUUCAUCAGUUUUGUGAGUUUCAGCUACCAAGACAAUGGGCACCUGUACUUAGUGAGAUUCGCCUUGGUUCUCGAUCGAAGCAUCAAGAGAACACCUGGCUUAGAUUCAGUAUCUUGGGUCCCAAGCUUUACGUAAACACCAUUCCAGUAGAUGUAGGGAAUAGACCAGUAGUUGGGCUAAGAUUACAAUUGGAAGGUAGAAGAAGCAACCGGUUGGCCAUUCACCUGCAGCAUCUGGCUUCUCUACCCAAGUCCUUACCACUUUCUGACAACGCAAAUACUUACUUAUCUUGUAACUCAUAUAACUGCAGCUGGCAUAAGAAAGUUAAAUGGAACUCUUUUUCAUACGUGUGUACUGCUCCAGUUGAGUCAGAUGAUAGUGUUUCAAUUGUGACAGGAGCUCAGUUACAAGUUGAAAAGAAGUGCCUCCUUCUGAGGCUGCGUUUCUCCAAAGUAAUUGGUGCCAUUCUGCAGAAGAUACCUGAAUGGGAUCGGUCCUCCAGUCUUGACCAGUUUAGCAUAAAGUCUGGGGGCAUCUUAGCAUUCAUUUCCAGAGAGGGACAGAGGGGCCUUCCAAAGCCAGGUGAUAAAACAAUUAGUUCCAAUACAUAUUCUUCUGUACGCCCUGCACCAGUUCACACACCAAAGCUUCAAAGAUUUGUUGACACAACCGAAAUGAUGAGAGGACCAGAAGAUACUCCUGGAUAUUGGGUUGUGUCUGGGGCAAAGCUUUCAGUUGAUCAUGGCAAAAUAUAUCUCCGUGUUAAAUAUUCACUAUUAUCGUUUGUUAUGUAAAGUGAAACUGAAGCCUUCACAGAAGUGCUUUAAUGAUCACUCUACCUUCCAUUGAAGUUAAAGGUGUUUCCCUGGCUUCAUAGUUAGCUGUUUUUUGUCAUCCUUUGACCACAAAUGGAAGUGAAGUGAACAUUAAAGCACUUCUGUGAAUCUUCAUAUUCACUUUGCACACCAAAGGAAAAUAGUGAAUACUUAACAAGCAGAUAUAUUUUGUCCUGCUCAACAGAAAAGCCUUGUUCUGGAAACAACCUAUCCGAAUGAAAAAAAUAAUUUUAUGUGAUGUGGGAAGUUCUUAAAGGAUAUAGUAAGUAUACGUAUACGUAUCAAAUGGGAUGAGUGUUUGUAUAAAAAGGUGAAAGAAAUGUAUAUCAUAUAUGGGUGUUUCACUUAAGUAGCAGAAUUUAAUGUUUUAAUCAUAAGCUUUUAUGAUUUAA